AUGCAGGUGAUACAAAAUAAUGUUCCGUUCCAUGUUAGAAACCUUCCCAUCAUUCUCCUGUUAAUCUGUGCUGUACACUUGUUUGCAAAAACGUGUAUGCUAAAACAUCAACUGCAGCAUGUAAAUGAAAACGAAACGAACACACAUUUCGCUUUGACAUGUGUCCUGGCAACAUUUCUUUGCUUUGAAGUUUCUCUGAUCAUAGUGGAUAUUAUUUAUCAGACACAUACCACAUUUAGAUAUGUGAUUGGGGUGAAUAUAUCUGUGGUGGCCUGUGCUUUCUUCAUAGUUGGUUACAUGUUUGGUCAUAUUGUAGAGAUAUGGUUUGCAAAAAUGACAGUGUUUGCCUGUCGCCAACUAGGAAUUGGCACGAAUGUAACUGACACCAUGACAUCUGGAGAAGAUUUAGAAACUUAUAUCAAUGAAAAAUGUGACGAAGCGGUGCAACUGGACUUCCACAAUAUCUCAAUUGAUCUUCUUAUCCAUAUCGUUUUCCUUCCUCUUCAUAUUUUCGCCACCGCUUUCUCCUUCACCUUUGCCGGAUUAUUCAGGAAAAGAAUACGUGAAUCUGAAUAA